AUGGGGUGUCUGGCAUGUUUGUUGCUCUGCAUUGUGUGGUCCACUCCUGCCUUGUAUUUGUCCUCUCUCGCUGUGUUGGGGCAGGAAGAGCUGCUCUGUUCUCACCUGAAGGUUUCAGUAAGUCUCACUCACCAAUCGCGCUCCGUUGCAAUGUACCGCAAGAGGGCCGCCGAGACGCGUGGCCCGUCCGCGCCGCUGUCUCUCGCCGCCUGUUGCUGUGCUCUGCUCGUCGCUGCGCUGUGCGCGCCGAUGUCUGCCGUGGCGUACAACGUGCGCUACAGCGCCCUCAUCUCUCCCUCACCCGUGAGCGGACGGUCCUACGGCUACUGCCCCUGGCAGGGCGGCGGCCACACAAUGAUGCCAAUGAAGGAGAGCUUUCAAGUACUGGCGUUCGAAGCCCUCAGUAAACGUGGAUUCACAGAGGCUGCCAUUGGUGGGUGGUGCCCGUACGCCUCUUGCACAACCAAUCCAUGCGAGUGGGUCUACUUCACUGGCCUAAUGAACGGGACAGAUAUUAAAAAGGCCACAUUCUUCAGGGGAGCCGUGUAUAAGAGCAAAGACUACACGCAUUCCGUGCCUGGCAUGUACAACAACUUCUUGAAGGGAUAUCAGCCGGUAAGUUUUGAUCGCGCGAAGGAACGAACCAUUACGAAAAUGGUGAGCAACGGCAGAUGGGAGAACGAAAUGCGUGACCACGGGUACCAGGACUGGGUGUGCGAGUACUAUGAGUUCACACCUGAGGAGGCAGCCACGGCACCUGUAACGGAUGAGAAUGGUUUUGUUAUUUUUGUGUCCAGGACCAAGCCCGGUAAGUUUCCAUGGUGGGCGGGCCUACUUAUUGCGCUUCUCAUCGUGGGCAUCGUGGCCGUCGUUCUCCUUAUCUGCUGCUGUUGCCGUAGGCGGCGUAAGCAGCAGCUGGAAAACAAGAUCGCGGAGGAAAUGAAGAGCGAGGAAAACCUCCACCGGAUUCCAACGCAGUCCCAGCUGGGCAUGAGCCGAAGCGGCAGCGCCAUGAACCUGAGCCGACGCGGCAGCGCCAUGAACCUGAGCCGGCGCGGCAGCGCCAUGAACCUGAGCCGGCGCGGCAGCGCCAUGAACCUGAGCCGAAGCGGCAGCGCCAUGAACCUGAGCCGGCGCGGCAGCGCCAAGGACAUGAGCCGACGCGGGAGCAGCAUGGGCCUAAACCGGGGUGGCAGCAACAGGUAUGGGGAAAUUGACGUCAAUGAGGGCUUUGGCAUGGGACAGCAAAUGGGAUAUGGGCCUGCGGGUGUGGCUCGUAACAAUAGCGCCUACGUUAAUAAUGUCUAUCCAGGCGAUGCAGGGGCCCCAGGCGGCAACUUUUUUUUCGGUCAAUUCCCUGACCAGGGAGCACAGAACCCGUACGCCGGCUACCCUCCGCAGAACGGAAACGGUUCCAUGCGAGGAUACCCUCCGCAGAACGGAAACGGUCCCAUGAGACGUUUCCCUUCCCAGAGAGAGUACUAG